CCCAUUCACACUGAGCACCCGCAAAUAGCAUGUCAUUGUGCUUCUUCAUUCCCGCUCGACACCGACGCUUCGCGAAGACAAGAUGCAUCGCGCCAAGCCCAAAGCUCCGCUAAGCAUCAUGGAGAAGCGGAUCCCGCAGAAUCCCAAGUACAAGAACACGCAGAGCAAGAUCGAUUCAGGCACAACCGUAAAUAAAAUUCGUCUGAUCUGUAAGUGCUAAAUUUUACAGUGUCCUAUUUUCGUACCUCACCCAUAGAAACUCUAUCCUAACUCUAACGCAGCCCAUAAGGAGUUUUUAAAGCGUCGAGACGAAACUUUCCGUCGCAUUACUUGUCGCUGCCUCGCUGAGCUCUUUAACGAAUAUGAGGACACCGGAGGUGCCAGUCAACCGGAAAUGGUUGCGAGAAUGGUGAAAGGAGCCAACGGAGAGUUCACCAUGGAGCGAGUGCCCGUAAGCGAAGGUAACCAGGAAAACUGCGGCCCUCGCAUCGUCAGCUAUGAAGCUGAUGAGAUGGAAGACUACGAUGCGCCGUAUCUGAUUCUGGACACUCGUUCUAAAGAGGAAUUCGCUGUCAACCGCAUUCAUCGAGCGAAAAACUACCCAACAACCUUCUUGAACCGAGAUGUGCUGCUACCGGAGAUGCACCAGUUCAAGAACCAGGACUCAAAGCUUAUCAUUCUCUAUGAUCUGGAUGAUAAGACCGUAGCCCAGACAGCACACACGUUGGUGCAGCGUGGCUUUGACAACAUCUACGUGCUCACGGGAGGGCUAGUCGACUAUGCUGACGAGUAUCCAGAGCAUAUUGAAGGCACUCCACUGCCUCCUAAGCCUGUGGAUCCUGCCAAGAAGAGUGCGAGGCGGGAAGUUUACAAGGGAUCGUCCGCGGCCAGUAAUCGGAGCGUUCGUAGCGUGGCUACGCGUCGGAAAGGCACUCCGUCGGAUGUUAGCUCAGUCAUGAGCAACCUCUCGGUCGCAGAGUCUGUCAUCUCCAAGGCUACAGCACGCAAGGAGCGUGUGGUAGGCGCUUCAAGCUACAGAUAAUGUUAGAACGGUAGCCUGCUUGUAUUUUUUCAUUGAUGGCCAGUCAUUUCACAAUACAUGUACCAAGGAAAGCGC